AUGGAGGAGUACGAGCAGGAAAAAGUAGCCAUGAAGCUGGAUGUGGAUGUCCUGAGGUACCUCUCCAAAGAGGAUUUCAGAGUGCUCACAGCUGUCGAAAUGGGAAUGCGCAAUGUCCGUAACUAUGCACUCUCUCUAUCUCUGUGUAAUAUUUUAUCUCAGCUUCGGGCUCUUCAACCAUCGAGCAACAAUUGAGCACAUGGCUAAUUUUUUUUUUUCUCUUUUGCCUACAUUGAUUAUGAAAUUUCAUGGUGUGGUCGUAGUGAUGAUGAAUAGUCUAAUUUUCUCUCCAUCUUCUUUUAGCAUGAAAUCGUACCUUCAGAGCUUAUUGCCCGCAUCGCUGCCCUUAAGUAGGU